CCUCAUGCUUAUGGUGGUUGUGGUUCGGCGUCUGAGUUUUCGUCUCUUUCUCUUUUUGAUGCCAGUAGUUUUGGACAUUGUCCGCCGGAAUGUGUAUUAUAAAAAUUAAAUGGGAAGCCUUUAUUCCCAUCGAAAUAAUAGGUUCGUGCGGUUUGUGAUGAAUUUGCAUGGUUGAAAAGUGGAAAUAAUAAGACUUUCAACUUAAUUUUAAAUAAUUGCCGUCCAGAGUGAGCGUAGAGAGUGAGAAAUAAUCUCGGAAUGAGACUUGCAUUGAAUUUAUUGAAUCGAAUAACAAUUUAGCAGUCGUUAAAACAAUGGAUGAUUUGACCAGUGAAUAUCCUCAGAGUUCAUUUCAAGAAGGAAAAGAACAGAGGUCGGUUUCUUACGGGAGUGAUGAAACAGAGGAAGAAAAUCUAGAGUUAGAAUGCAUGGACGAUAACGACAUCCCCUUCAUUGACGAUGAAGAAGAGACAGAAGAAGAAACUGUCGUUGUACGGAGAGAGCGUCCUUCGGAUGCGACACCGACCACGAAGAGACAUGCUCAAGUACAGCUGCCUUUGUUGAGGGAGACUGUUCUGAAAAACAAAGCAGGGCUAUGUGAGGGGACCCCUAAAUCGUCCUUACCUGAUGUUGUGGAGGAGGAGGAGGAGAAUCCAAAGAUCUUGGAUGGGGAGGUUGAGGAGAACGGGAAAAUCUGUCAUGCGAUGGACCAAGAGGAAAGUACAGAGUGGUUAUGUGCCACGCCCUGGAAGAUCGAUUGCAUGUCUGAAAGUAAUGGUGAGAAAGGGAAAGAAGAAGGGACGUCCAGCGAAAGGGGCCGGCCCCUCAGUCUGGACGAAGACGCCCUUCAAGACUUACUGCAACGGCUGCUUUCGGAGAAAAAAGCCAAGGAAGCCGCAGACAUCAUGAGUGUAGAAAGGCGAGGCACCAAGGCCCUGGAGCUGUGGGCCAAAAGGGCCACCGACGGCUAUGCCGGGGUCAGUAUCUCCAAUAUGACCACUGCCUGGCGAAAUGGUCUUGCCUUCUGUGCGCUCAUUCAUCAUUACAGGCCUGAUCUCAUUGAUUUUUCUUCACUGAAGCCUGAGAAUAUCCUUGAGAAUAAUGCCUUAGCCUUCCGCGUAGCUGAGCAGCAGCUCGGUAUUCCUGCGCUCCUGGAUGCAGAAGACAUGGUGGAAUGUGAUGUACCAGAUCGACUGUCUGUCUUGACAUAUGUGUCACAGUUCUACCAGGUCUUUUCCUCCUUGGGCUUAACUAGUCCAAAACGGGUUGUGAAUAAUGCCUCGCCACCUCCAUCCUCUCCUGUGGGAGUCAAGAAAACCAAGUUAUCACCUUCACAGCCGCAACCAAAGACUAAAACAGAGAUCAAGACAGAUAAGGUGUUGGUAGGUGGCCGAUUACGUCGUGAGGUGUGCGCAAGUUGCAGUAAUCCUGUUUUCCUUGCUGAGCGGUUGCUAGUAGGUUCCCCAGGUCAACUAAUGCAUCGAACAUGUUUUCGUUGUGCUAGAUGCACCACACAGUUGACCUUGGCAAGCUACUAUGAAACAGAAAAGGGACAGUUUUGUUGUGAAACUUGUCCUGAUGAAGAACUGGAAAUUUCUCCAGAAGUUAAAAACAGCAUUAUCAGUGAAACUUCACCUAAACUCUCACGACGAACGUCCACCUCCGACUCUGAAUCAGAAUAUGAAAGUGAAGAUUCUGAAAAUGAAAGUGAUGGGUAUAGUAAUAAUGUAGAAUUAGUGCUUGAAGACAAAAAACAAACUGAUGACACCGCAGUGCAUUCCCCAAAUGUUACCCCCGGACCACCUAAACCCAGAACCGUUUUUCUUUCAAAAACUUUAGAGGGGGAAAGCCCUGAAAGUAGUUCAGAUAAGCACAAAGACUCUGAAAAUGCAUUUAAAAAAGAAAUGCCAAAAUUUUCACAAAUUUCCCCAGCUUUAUUUGGAUCACAGGAAAAAGACUUGCGAAGCCCUAAAGCCAGUGACUCUGGAUUAGACCAUUGUGAUGAUGCCAAAGGUUUGAUAACAGACCCACCUGAUAAACUAACCCUAGACACAGGGCAAGACAAAAAUAAUACCCACAUAUCUGAUAGCACUUUUGGCUCUUCUUCCAUUGUUGCACAACGGUUGAAAAUGUUUAGCGAAAUAAGUAAUAAAACUAAUGACACUAGUAAUUUCAAAAGUAAUAUAUUAUGUAAACCAGACCAUAAAGAAAAUGAGUUAUUACAAAAUUAUGAGAGAGAGACUGAUAGCCAUCAAUUUACAAGUGAUACAAAAGUAUAUGCAACUAAAGAAGAUAAUAAAGAGACACUCAAGGAAUAUGAUAAGGAUAAAAUCGACGGAGCUUUUAACGAUAUAGAUAAAGAUGAUACAGUUUUAAUACCGGAAGAGAAAAUUCCACAAGAAGAAAUUGAAGCGGAGAGGAAGCAUAAAAACUCGGAAUAUGUAUCCAACACUCCAUCCAUUACUGUUUCCAAAGAAAGUAAAGAUGAUAAGACUUCUGAGGAAACAAGUGAAUUAGAAGUGCCUUCUAACGAUGAGAUUGCCAAGGGAUCUGAUAGUGAAUGCAAUCUGUUUAAGGCUGAAGAGGAUGAAUCUCAGUUAGAGGCUAUUAAAAACUGUCAGCUAGGAGGAAGUAAUGAUGCUGAGGUAAAUGCUACUUCCUUAUCCCAAGACAGUGGAGCUGAAUUGUCUUCACCCUCUUUACGUUCCAUUCAGUAUCCUGAAGAACUUAAUCCAUUUGGAAGUGAUGAUGAAGAUGAAGGUGCAGCAAGUAUUAGUGAAUCUGUUGAAAUUGAAAGGGUCAGACAGGAAACAAAAGAAGAUGAAAUAACUGAAAAAAAGAUAAUCAGGGCUAAUUUGAAUCCUUUUGAAAGUGAUGAAGAUGAUGAAGGUUCAACCGAAGAAAAGGACAAUAGCCAAACCAAAAAGGAAAAUCUAAAUCCAUUCUGGAGUGAUGACGAGGAGCCAUUGGAAAGCCCUGAAUCCACACCAAGCAAGCGCAAAGUUAAACCACCUAGACCACCACCACCAACCCUUGUGAGAAACAGUACACCUUCUUACACGAGCCACAAGGACACAAGGAAGAGUUCCACUUCUCAGCAGUUUCGUGAGGUUUCCCCUCAGCCUACAGCAUCUCCAGCUUCCAGUCGUACAAAAUUGUCACCUUCCUUACCAAAAGAAAGGCACCCCUCCCCCUCCUCACCCAGUGGCUCUGUAGCUCUAAGAAGGAAGGGUCGACGGGCACCUGCUCCUCCAUCACCUUUUACUGCUAAAAGAGAUGGGAUUUCUUCUGGUGAAUCUACGGCAGAUACAACAAGCAUGGAUACUAUGUCCUUGUCUAGUCUGAGUACACAAGGCCAAGGACCACAGGACCAUGAGGAUGAAGGCCAGGAUGAGGUAUUGAGCAGGAAAUUGCAGAAGGAUAUGAAAAAUCACUCGAACAAGAUGAAUGGCACCACUGAGCAGCGUGUCCCACCUCCUAAACCAGCGCGAGCUCCUCAGGCUGCAAUGAACUUUGCCUGCAGCAAAGGUCUGGUACGUAAGCCUUCAAUGAGCAAAAGUGAAGCUGGUGAAUGGCAACGUAAGAAAGGUCCAGCACCUCCAAGGCCUGUGCCUCAGAAAAGAGCUAUUAAGAAAAUGCCAAUGCGCUUGGUUCAACAAGAGCUUCAUGAUAUAGAAGUCAAGCAGACAGAACUGGAGAGGCAGGGUGUACUGUUAGAGACUUCUAUUCGCAAACGUACAGAAGGUACUUCAAAUAAUCCUCAAGAGGAUGCAGCUACCCUCAGUAGUGGUCCAAGUAGUAUUGAAGUUGAAGAUAUGAUCAUGCAGCUCUUCGAACUGGUUAAUGAAAAGAAUGAACUGUUUAGAAGGCAGACGGAACUUAUGUAUUUAAAACGUGAAAAACGUCUUGAGGAAGAAUAUGUAGAACUAGAAUACCAGAUUCGCUGUUUAAUGCUCAAGCCUCCUUCUGAAAAGACUGAAAGCGAUAGUACACAAGAAGAGGAACUAAUAGCUCGAUUAGUUAAGGUGGUUGAACAAAGAGAUGAAAUUAUCAAUUGUCUGGAGUUGGAUAGAUUGCGAGAAGCACAAGAGGAUGAAAGUAUAGCAACACACAUGAUGCAAUAUCAAGAAAAACACAUAGAUGGUAUUGAAAAUGGCUGUGCCACACAGAAUGUUUCCAAGAAGAAGAAAACCUUGAAGCUGCCAAGAAAGAAGAAGAAAAAGGAGAAGAAAGACAAAAAAGGGGCAAAAGCUGAUGCUGACAAAGAUAUUGAUGAAACAGAAGUUAAGGAGUCAAAGAAAAGAAAAAAGAAAUGGUUAUUUUGAAAUAAUUAUGACAUUUGAACUGACACUGAAACUCACACCAAGUUUUUUUGUUUUCUUUUUUUGGUGAUCUGUUCAUGUAUAUAUAAAAUGGUUAUGCAGGUCUACAUAUUAGAUAUCUAGUUUGAAAUUGCUGCAGUCAUUUUGCCUAAAAGCUGUUAAAAAGUGAAAUACAAAUUUAACUUUUAAGAUACAAAAAAAUUUCACCUGGUUUCUUUGUUUUUUGCAAGAUAUUUCAGUUAUAUGUAGUGAAGCUGACCAUACAUAUUUUGACAUACAUUUUUGCAAUUAUUAGGGUUGAGAUUUAUACGGCAAAGCUUGUCGUACAUUGUCAUUAUUAACAACAACAAAAUUAUUUAUAUAUUUUUUUUAUAUAUAUAUUUUUUUUAGCCCACUUGCAUUUUAAAGAGAUAAGAGACAGCUAGGACACAAUAUAAUAUUAAGGAGUCUCUGUGAAUGGAAAAGUAAAACUCCUCGAGAUUUAUCCUUAGUUGGCUUUGUAAAAUGUAGUAGUUAAUGAUGCUGCUUACUUAAUAGCCAUAGAAUAAUUGUGCAUGAAAAAUAACUCAUUAGCUUUUAUUAGUUUGGGAAAACAAUAUCCACAUGGGGAUAUAUAGCUUUUCUUCCAGUUGUCAAUCUUUGAUGGAGUACAUAUAGGUAAUUCACACUACACCUACAACUGUUGUGAACACAUAAGGAUACACCACUUUUAGAAAGUUUAUGUUCCCUUUCAGUUUCAAUUACCAGGAGUGUAGGUGGUUACUUCUGAGUAACAUUAAUCAUCCCUAUAAAAUAUGACCAUGUAAACUUGCCACUACUGUAGAUUGGAGUUUUUUUAAAGCAAAAAGGAAUUUAAAGCAUAAAUUGAAAAUACUUUUGGUCCAGGAAUGUAGCUUAUUAGUCUCACUAAACUACUUAACUUUAUAAUAAAAAAACAAAUCUCUAUAUUAUUCUCAUGCAAACUUUUAAUAUACUAAUUCACAAAAAAAGCAUAAGGAAUUUUUAUACCAGAUCUGCUGCCAUGGCAAUAAGUUUCACAGUAUUUUCAUAUGUAAUGGAGAAAAUAAUUAAUGGAGAAAAAAAUUCAAGUAAAAACAGUUUGACAAAAUGUGCAAUUGCCUUUUCAAGGACACUAUACUUAAUAUGAAAUAUAUAAGAAAUGGAUCACUUAUCCCUCUUUAUCUACUGAGAGUAAAAUGAUUAAAAUUAAUGCUAACUACUGGUCUUUCUCUGUUUUUGCAAACUAUGCCAUAAAAAACAGCAUGUUCCUUUUAGUUUAAUAAAACGAUAGACCACCAUGUGUUGACUUCGUUACAAUUUGCUAAUGCUGUGACCUGGUGAAUGGUAUAGGUGCUGGUCCCUUGUGACUCCUUUCUGUAUCUUCUAAAGAUAGUCAUUGUAGUGGCAGUUGAAUUAUAUUGUUUUCUGUGGUAUUUCACUGAAUCUCUCAGCUUUUUACAUGUGUAAAUUUUCUAUAUAAAUAUUUUGGGAAUUUUAAUACAUUUUGCAAACUGUAACUUCUACAGGAGAAUUUAUGAUGCUGUUAUUAGUACACAGCAGGAAUUAUCUAAACUCAAUUGUUGUCAUUUGUUACUGGUUGUGGGGAGAAUUUGUAUUGUUAUAUAGUAAAUAAUGAAGAGAUAUCUUUAGUUUUGUAAGUUUUCUUUUUUAUAUAUGAAGAGCCUAAAUCAUUACAUGGUGAAACACAAAGUGCCAAGAAAUUUGGUUGUUCACUCAGAAUAAGGUCUGAUAAUUUUUGCUUAUUUAGCACCAGAUAUUAGUUUAGUUUUAGAUAGCCACUGAAUCUUUAUCAACAAUGUAAGAUGAUUAAUGUUGAGUCUUGCCCUGUGUCAUCCAUUCCAUAAGUUUCAUUAACCAGGCUUUGCCUUUUAUUAGAAUUAAGGAAACACUCCAAAUGUUUAAGUCAUAUUGUAAUUUUUUGAUCAUUUUAAUACUUAAACUUGUGAAUAUUGUAUGUCAUCUGUUGAGUAUUGAAAUGUUCCAAUGCACGCUAGGUCACAAUAUUCUUGGUGCAAGAAUUCUCAAUAUAUGAAUAAAAAUAUGAUGUGAAAAUGUUAAUGCUUCAAGAUAUGGACAUCAUAUGGAGUUCAGUAAGUUAUUAUGGGAAGGUAUGGUUCUAAUCAUACAGUGCUAGGCAUGGUGUCCAUAUAUGUAGUACUGUAGUUCAGUAUGCUCUGUCAUUCCCAGUAUGCAGGUGGUUCAGAAAAUAUAACUAGGGAACAACAUAUUGCAGUGAUUUUGUAAAUGCAUUACAACCCCUGCAACAUAAUGUAUUAACAGGGAUAUUUCAUGUAUAAAGGUUCUUUUUUGUACUGGAAUUAUUUAGAAAAUAAAGAUUUAAUUUGGUUAUAA